AUGCAAUCUUCAUUCAUCGCAAAUGAAAAACCUGAUAGCUUUAUUACUCAUACAGCUAGUAAGAUCGAAGACGCUGGAACACUUAGAAAUAUUAUCAAAUAUCCGGGUGGUUUGAUCCUCUCGUAUAAAAAACAAAAUCUUGGUAUUUUAGCGUUACCAUCUACAGAAACCGGUGGUAACCCUGUUGUGAAUAUGACUUUUGAUUCUGGAUUCAAGGUUACCGAUGUUAAUGGCUUUGUGAAGUUUUCUGGAGAUCUCUUAAAAGAAUCUAAAGUUACAUUUUCGAUUAGUACUAAUAAUCUAGUAGUGGAAUCAUUAGAUCUUAAACAAACAGUAACUAAUCUUAGCAUGAGCAAGGAUAUCACUGUUGAUGGAUUCAAUGGUUUACAAGACGUAACAAUCGGUAACCUUGAUAUAGCUAAUCACAGUGCUAUUAUAAUAAAAGCUCAAAUGAAAAACCCUUCAAAUAUUGGUAUAGACAUGGGAACAGUGAACUUCACCUUAACAGCAAUCACAAGUCACUUAACAGAGGAAACAGGACUUAUCGGACCAUUAGUUGCUAAUAGUCUUAUAAUGCAUCCUAAAUCAACAAAUGAAAUUACCUUUGUCCUUAGUCCAACUAAUUUCCCAAACCUUUUUCAAUUGAUAUCUUGUGGAGGAAAAAUACUUAUUAAAGGAGUUUCAGUUAAACCGAGUACUGGAGCUGAUGUUCUAUGGUUGUCUAUACCGAUUCAAAACUAUAGAGUUAUUAAACCUUUCUCCCCACUUUUGCCACAUUCUGUAAAUGCAUUACUCCAAGCAUUCCCAGCAGAAAUGAUUGAAUCAAGCCAUGUUUGCUCCAACGAAACAUCCAAACCCACAGGAACAGCCCCAAAUGAACCGAAAAAAACAGAUGCACCGAAAGCGAAAGAAUCAAGUGCACCAAAAGCGAAAGAAUCAACUGCACCAAAAGCGAAAGAAUCAAAUGCACCGAAAGCGAAAGAAUCAGAUGCACCGAAAGUGAAAAAAACCGAAGCACCAAAAGAAUCAAAAGAACCAAAAGAAAGUUAA